AUGCUGGUCCACUCGAUGCUGAUAUCUACACAUCUCAGCUCUUGGCGUGACUAUCUUGGGUACCACGAGGCUAAGCUUCUGCGAUUGGUGAGCCUUUACGUCAAUGAUAUCAAUAUUUCGGGGCGCCUACUGACCGAUGCAAAGGACAUGAAGCCAGCCUGUACGUCGCUAACGCAAUCUUUGGUUACAUUCGAAACCCUCAAAGAAGUCCGCGCGGUUGAGAACAAAAUCUUGCCGCUAGAACCUAUCCUCUUGUCAUUCGAAAAGUUGAUGAAAGACCUCGAAGAAGCCAACAGCGUCUUCUCUGAGGUGGGCAAAGUACAAGAUGGCACUUCUGUAGUCAUAAAAGCGGCACUCAGACAAUUUCGCAAGGAUGCCACAUCGUACCGAAGACAAGUCCUCUACAUGAACAAACGGGCCCAGUUGACUACUCAGUCAAUGCUGGAUACGUUAAACCUGAGUCAGAGCAAGAACACGUUUGAUAUGGGCAGAUCGGCGCGAGAGGAUUCUGUCGCCAUCAGAGCGAUCACGCUGGUCACGUCGUUCUACCUCCCAUUCUCUUUCGUUGCCACAAUGUUUGGCAUGAACCUUGUGGACUUCGAUUCUGAGUCUCGCAAUCUUGUCCUCUCGAAACAACUCUGGCUUUAUUUCGUCAUAUCAGUUCCAUUGACUGCUUUGACGCUGGCUUGUUGGAAGUGGAGAAUGCGGAUGUAUCGCGAUGGCGACAUGAAUGAGGAGAGAAGAUCAACGGUGAAAGUGAAACCGCUGAAGAGACAUUCAGAUAUCGAGAUGGGUCAAUUCUGA